AGAGUAGUAGUAGUCUUACGUUUCGCCAGUAUCGACGUGUUCCUCAUCUGGUGGGGCACAGAGUGAGUUCUGGAGUUCUCAGUGGUUUCGUUUAAUCAUUCGCCGGGUAGUGUUUUUUUUAUUCGUUUUUAUUUUCUUGCUAAGAAUCGCAUCUGCUUGCGGUUUGUGAUAAGCAGCGAGGUUGGCUUGCGGUUUUGUUGGGCUGUAGCGAAAAAACAAUCCCAUUGGAAGGUUCAGUUAUUUUUUUUUCGUUUCGAAUACUUUCGGUUUAUCAAGAAAGGGUGACCUUUCGACGGGCUGUGAGCGCCAAAACUAGUGAAAUUUAUGAUAGGAUAUCUUGGAAAGGACAAAAAACUAAAACCAAUCGGCUUUUCGAACAGCAACUACAACUUCCAAGUACUUGAGUCAAACUUGCAUGUUAGAACGGGUUGAGUUCGCAUAAUUAAUGAAGCUGUCUUUUGGAAGUCCCCCCGUGCAACUUGUACGACUGUAAACGUGGUUCCGUGUUAUAGUAGUAGCUAGUACUAGCAAAGUGCAUUCUCCCACGCGACUGAUUUACCGGUUUUGGUUCGUCACACAUUAAUAAACCACGAAGGGCUUUUGCGGUUGCUGAUUGCGGUUCGAUUGGAUUUUUCGGUGGGGUGAGAGGACCGCCAUUCGAUUUCCGGUUUACCCCCUUCUACUCAACUGGGAUGGAUGACUUUAAUUGAAUAAAGGGACACACGAUAGAAGCAGGACUAAAGUCAGGACCGUCAGGAGGUCGUGAUCGUUUAUUGCACGCGAGACCGGAAAUGCGGUCAUUCGAAAUGUGCAUCAGUGUCCUCGGCAAAGACGACGGGGCACAACUUUGGCUGGCGACGACGACGUAGUGGCAUUUGUGUUGAAAAGUUGGUCAUUUUGUACUGAUCGAAUCUCCGUUUUAGUGUUGUAACAUGAUGUGUGCCCAGUAAAAGAGUCUAAAAGGGGCUCCCUGCAUCAGUCAGCUGAAACAUCAUGCAAUUUUAAUGAAAGAGUGACCACGAGCUACAUAACAGGAUCGCUAUAUCUAGUGAAGCGAAAAAAAAGAAGUAAAAAACGACAAUCGUAACGAAAGUGUCCUUAAUUCGUAUUUUUCCUUGACGUGUGGAGAAAUUUUCCUGCCACGGACCCGCCAAUGGGACAUCAUUCGCACACAUCGGAGCUAUUUUAGGUCGUUCGUCGCCGUCGAUGAAUGACAAGGAGCAAACAGCGGCGUAGAUAAGAAAAAAUGAUAAUUUUCCUAUACCUGAUACUGGUGCUGGCCUGGGCCCUGCUAAUCAUCAUUCUCAAAUGCAAGAAAGCCCGUGCCAAACGACUGGCCGAACUGGAAGAAGCCGCCCAGCAAGUGCACGUGGUACAGAUCGGUUCCAAUCUGUACGACAUCAUGUCGAUCCAUCAUCAUCAUCAUCGACACCCAUAUGGGACCAUGUACGACUGUCUAGGCACAGGUGCCGGAGACCACCAUCACCAUCUGCAUUCCUCAAGUGGGCGAAACGCUGGGAUUUCCCACUCGAAUGCGGCCUUCGUGGGCGAUGAUGGGAGUGUUUAUCCGGGCAGCAAUAUUCCCCCUCUGGAGCCACCACCUUCGUACGACGAGGUGAUACGACUGCCCGCCCAUUAUCCGAAGGUGGAAACGUUUGUCCCGGAGAUGGUGGUACCACCACCCUCUUUUACGCCCACCGGAAUGCCGCCGACCAUAACCGGAGGUAGUCUUAGUCUGCCGAAUGCCGUUUCCGAUGUCAACGGAAAUCAGCAACAGCAGGAGGCCAGACCCAUUGGGACCGUUGAGGAACCUCGUCCAGUCAUUGGGGCCGCCAGCAGUGGGCGCGUCAAACCGACUCACAAAACGACAACGACGACGACGACGACGGCCACCAAUUCAACAGGGUCGACGACCAACACCUAACCUGAACCUAGUCCGUGUGAUAGUUACAUAAUAAGGUUUUCGUUGUUAAAUUUUUUAGAAGUUAUGUUUUGUAACAGCAGCAGUACAACACUCUUAGUGAAGCACAUCUGAGCUUAAAGAACGAUAAGUUGUCAAAGGAACUGAGAAUCGUGUUGGUCUGAAUAAAUAAACGUUAACAUUAGAAGUCAAUGGCCAGUUUAGCAAACACGACCUAAUUCUAGUUUGAUUCUAAUUUUAUAAGCAGGAGGUUUAUCCAAAGCAAGUGUGGCUCAAAGUCCCACUGUUGUCAUUGCAAAUGUGCAUUUCUGUGAGCUAUUAGAAACAUGUAGUUAGUCUCAUGAUGUAGCGUUUAGAAGAUUCACCAGAAUGAAAAAUAAAUAAAUCAUAUCAUUU